AUGGGCUGCUCCAGCAGCGCCCUCAACAAGGCCGGCGACGGCAGCAGGCUCCGCAGCGAAGAAAGUGAGUCCUGCUUGGCCCAACCCAAACCACGUAUGCUGGGAAAAGAAUCAUCUGCUCUGCAUGUCAAGGUACAAAAGGAAAGUCCUCCCCCAGUAGAGAAGCUCAAGAUUUCAGCUGUGUCUAGAGCUAACGGUGUGAAAUCCCUCUGGGAACAGCCACUGGCAAACGAUGCUGCAGACCCCCCAGGACCUACAGCAGACACUCAGCCUUUGGAGGGACCCGAGGAAUCUGGGCCACUUCAGCCAGGUGGCAAAGAUGAUACUCCCGGAGCAGAAGAGAAGAAUGACAUAGAAGCCAUGACAGAGGCUCAGUCUUUAAAAGGAAAUGCUGAGACCGAAUCUUUAGGAAGAGACACCAAGUAUGAGCCGUUGCAGAUCACAGGAGAGAGGGACUCUCCUGGAGCAGUGGACGCUACUGAGACUCCACAGACUGCCAGAGAGAUGAGCCCUAUACGAACAGCUGAGAAAGUCCCUCCUCAGGAAGCAGCUGGAGAGCCACAACCUCAAGAAGCAAUGGGAAAGGCUGAACAGACCCAACUCCCAGAAACAGCUCCCAAGGAGAAUGAACGUCCAGAAACAUUGGAAGGAGGUCAGUUUGUGGAAAUGGCUGAAGAGCGGCAACUUCAAGAAGCGUUGGGAAAAGAUGAGCACUCCCAACUUCUAGAAACAGUUCCCAGAGAGAAUGAUGAAACACCGGAAGUAUUGGAGGAAAGUCAGUUUGUGGAAACAGCUGGAAACAAUGAUUUGCUCCAUAAAACUCCUGAAGGUCUGGGAAACAUGGAGCAGAUUCAACCAGAGGGAAUAGUUGGAAGCGUGGAGCAUCCGGCGGGAAUCCUAGAAACAGGAGCUGAUAUGGAAAUGGUCAUUCACACUAAUGUAGAGGACCAGCACAUUGAAGGUGAGACAGGAGAAAAAGUUGAAACAGAGAUGGAGAAUGAGAACAUAAGUGAUGGGACUGGAACAAAAGAAGAAGAAACAGGAGAAGCUGUGGACCUUUCGGCAGCCCUGUAG